AUGCCUCGAGGGAGACGGCAGACGGAACUGAAGGACAGUCUGAAGUUUCAAACAGGCAAUUCAGUCGAGGACCCCGAAACCUCAGGCAGAGAGAGAGAGACGACAGCGGCCACAGAAUAUCAGACAUCGGACAUCGGACAUUGGGGACCGGACAGCGGCAACGUGGGAGUUUUACUGUCCACCGGUACCUAUUAUGGUUGGUCGGUAGUCUGUCUGUGGAAGCAAACAUUGAUUGGAUUGCAUCACAUCACGGGCGAAUCGUGA